AUGUCCACCUCCAAGAGUUCUUCCAAGUCCAACAGCGACGGAAGAGUUGAUACUUCCACCUCUGGACCCAACGCCAAAGCCUCCGCCAAAUCAAGAGACGAGAAGGGCGAUGAAUGGAUCUCCAAGUCUACAAGCAAACUCGAUGACAACGGCUCCCCAAUCACAAAGAAGAUUUUCGGGCGCAGGGGCGAUGACGAGGAAGAUGAUGAUGACUCUGGAUCAAGCUGGACAUUUCUGGGUUCGAAGUCUUCGAGGUCCCGCACAUCUAGGUCCAAUGGAGACGACGAGACGAUGCCUGAGGCGGAUUCUAGUACGGGGAAAGAUUUUCAUACAAAGGCCGGGAAGGCUUCUGCUGGAGUGAAGGAUGGAGUCGCCUGGUCCAAAGCUGGCUAG